CUGAGGACUAUUUGUCCAAAGUAUAUCAGUGUUAAAGAAGCCGGGCUGAUCUGCAAUCAAUUUCUCAGCUCGCUUGAGCUUGACCGACAAGUCCUCUGGAGCGGGAUGGAGCGAGAGAAAGCACAAAAGUGGGCGGAUACUCAUCAGAGACAGACUCUAACAACAGCUUUGGGUCCAUUGAGAGCGCUAGAGAAGUCAAAGGGAAGGAAAGCAAGAAGCAAAUUUAUGAAAGGCGCGUCGGCCAUAUUCUCAUGGUUCAUAUCCCAAGGCGACAGGGUGGUGAUCCUAUUGCCGCCUCCCCCCAACCAGUUCCACCCUUCUGGCUUGACAAGUCUGCAAGACUUCGAAAUACCCAUUAUCCAAGGUCUUCUCCGGGACGGAUCCGUCAAAAGAAUUGAUGUUAUUCACCCGGACGCGACAAGCGAAGAGGCGAGGAAUUCGUCACACCAGCUUUGGCCGUGUGACGAGACCAAAUCCUGGAUCGAUCGUUUUGGAGUUGGGCGUAAAUCUCGUGCCUGGAGAGCUGUAAAGUCUGGAAUAGGUAUGCUGAAGUAUGACCAUAUGUAG